AUCGCGCCGUCGCGCGGGAGAGCGCCGGUGACGUCACAGCGCAGGGUUUCGCUCUCUCUGUGUGCGCGAGCGCGUCAUGGCGGAGACCGGCUGGUGUAGGAUUUACAGCUGAAAUAUGUCUACUAUCCCAUCUGUUUCCCGGCAAAUGGAAUACAAAACACUGCCUAGCGUCUAAACCCAAGGCACUCUUGACCGUGGAGGGGAAAACUCAGAAACACAUCUCUCAGAAUAAAGUCUAAGAGUGUUUUUGUGGAGUUCCCGAGCGACAGCGGCUAUCGGCAGAAAGAGCCCAAAGCAGCGCAGGGCAGACAGACAGGUGAGCUGCUCUGAAGUGGCGCACAGACUGCAAGGAUCUCAUCAGGGACUAAUCUUUAAUAUUUGAUUGCGAUGGAUGGACGCAGUGAGGAUGAAAGUGUCAGUAACAGCAGCGGAGAGUCCAGUAAUUCAGAUGAUGAGUCUGGGUCAGGAUCGGGUUCUGGCUCGGGCUCGAGUUCAAGCAGUAGCAGUUCUAGCAGCAGCCAAUCAGGGAGCAGUGACUCAGGAAGCGGCUCGGAUUCUGGAAGCCAAUCAGACUCAGACUCUGAGAAAUCCAAGGAAAAGAAUGAUCAAGACAACAAAAUCGAUGGAGCAGCGUUUUGGAAGUCCAAUCCCAGUAUCCUGACAGUGCAAAGGUCAGCCAUGCUCAGGAAACAACAGCUUCAACAGCAGCAGCAGCAGCAGCUCCAGCAGCAGAGCUCCUCAAACACUGGCUCAGACGAGGACUCUUCCAGUAGUGAUGAGUCAGAUGAUGACUCAAAGAGCAGGAGUAAAGGGUCUGGUUCAGACUCUGACUCGGGCUCUGGUUCAGGAAGUGGCUCGUCUGACUCUUCAGCAGAGGAAGAAGAGAACAGUGACGAGUCAGUGUCAGACUAUGAGCCCAGUCACAAAGUCAAGAGCAGAAAACCUUCAAACAAGGCCAAUGCCAGGAAUGGGAAAAAUAACAAAGCUCCCAAGAAGAAGCCCUCCCGCUCCUCCUCAGAUGAAGAGGACGAUUAUAAAAAAGCUCUAGCAGGACCUCGGCGGCAGGCCACAGUCAAUGUGAGCUACAAAGAAGAUGAGGAACUGAAGACUGACUCGGAUGACCUGGUGGAGGUGUGCGGAGAGGACGUCCCACCACCAGAGGAGGACGAGUUUGAGACACUGGAGAGAGUUAUGGAAAUUAGGAUAGGCCGGAAAGGAGCAACUGGGGCAGUAACCACGGUGUAUGCAGUAGAGGCAGAUGGAGACCCCAACACCAACUUUGACCCCAACAGACAGCCAGGAGAGGUGCAAUACUUGAUGAAAUGGAAGAACUGGUCCCACAUUCACAACACCUGGGAGACAGAGGAGACACUCAAACAACAGAACGUGAAGGGCAUGAAGAAACUGGACAACUUCAAGAAAAAAGAGCAGGAGAGAAAGAAAUGGCUCAAAUCUGCCUCUCCUGAGGAUGUGGAAUACUUAAACUGUCAGCAGGAACUUAUGGAUGACUUGCAUUCACAAUAUCAGCUUGUGGAAAGAAUCAUCGGUAAGAGGAAGCUGCCUCCCAUUGUUUUUUUUCAAUCCGUUGUUGUUGUUUAUUUAGUGCUUAUUUACCUUUUCUGUUGUCUUAAUCUUGCAGGACAUUCAAAUCAGAAGUCUGCCGCAGGUUAUCCAGAUUACCUUUGUAAAUGGCAGGGGCUGCCAUACUCCGAGUGCAGCUGGGAAGACGGCGCUCUUAUUGCCAGAAAGUUUCAAAAGUGCAUUGAUGAAUACAUGAGUCGCAAUCAGUGCAAAAACAUUCCCUCCAGAGACUGCAAGGUUUUAAAACAGAGGCCACGGUUUGUACCCAUGAAGAAGCAGCCUCACUACAUUGGCGCUGAUGGAUUGGAGCUGCGGGACUACCAAUUGGAGGGUCUGAACUGGAUGGCCCAUUCUUGGUGCAAAGGAAACAGUUGCAUCCUGGCAGAUGAGAUGGGUCUAGGCAAAACCAUACAGACUAUCAGCUUCCUCAAUUACUUGUUCAAUGACCACCAGCUUUACGGGCCGUUCCUUCUGGUGGUGCCUCUGUCUACCCUCACAUCCUGGCAGAGGGAGAUCCAGCUCUGGGCUCCUCAGAUGAAUGUUGUUGUGUACCUGGGAGACAUCAGCAGCAGAAACAUGAUCCGGACCCAUGAAUGGAUGCAUCCGCAGACCAAACGACUGAAGUUCAACAUUCUGCUUACUACAUAUGAAAUUCUGCUGAAGGAUAAGUCCUUUUUAGGAAAUGUGAGCUGGGCGUUCAUUGGCGUAGACGAGGCCCAUCGGCUGAAAAACGACGACUCGCUCCUCUACAAGACUAUGAUCGAGUUCAAGUCCAACCACAGGCUCCUGAUCACAGGCACACCCCUCCAGAACUCACUCAAAGAGCUUUGGUCUUUACUACAUUUUAUUAUGCCUGAAAAAUUUCACUCAUGGGAGCUGUUUGAAGAGGACCAUGGCAAAGGCAGAGACUCUGGCUAUACCAGCCUUCAUAAGGAGCUGGAGCCCUUCCUGCUGCGCAGAGUGAAGAAGGAUGUGGAGAAAUCUCUGCCUGCCAAGGUGGAGCAGAUCCUCAGGGUGGAGAUGAGCGCUGUUCAGAAACAAUACUACAAGUGGAUCUUGACGAGAAACUAUAAAGCCCUGAGUAAAGGCACUAAAGGAAGCAAGUCAGGCUUCCUCAACGUCAUGAUGGAGUUGAAGAAAUGCUGUAACCACUGCUACCUCAUUAAAUCGCCUGAUGAGAAUGAGUUCCACAACAGACAAGAAGGCCUACAGCACCUUAUUCGCAGCAGUGGGAAGCUGAUUCUUCUGGAUAAACUGCUGGUUCGGCUGAAGGAACGAGGGCACCGUGUGCUUAUCUUCUCCCAGAUGGUUCGGAUGCUGGACAUCCUAGCUGAGUACCUGAAGUACCGCCAGUUCUUAUUCCAGAGACUGGAUGGUUCCAUAAAGGGUGAGAUGAGGAAGCAGGCAUUAGAUCAUUUCAAUGCAGAGGGCUCUGAGGAUUUCUGCUUCCUGUUGUCCACGCGGGCAGGUGGUUUGGGCAUUAACCUGGCCUCCGCGGAUACAGUGGUCAUUUUUGACUCAGACUGGAACCCUCAGAAUGACCUGCAGGCCCAGGCCAGAGCGCACAGGAUUGGUCAGAAAAAACAGGUGAACAUAUACCGUCUGGUGACAAAGGGCUCGGUUGAGGAGGAAAUUAUUGAGAGAGCCAAGAAGAAAAUGGUGUUGGACCACCUAGUUAUUCAGAGGAUGGACACCACGGGAAAGACUGUCCUUCACACGGGUGCUGCUCCUUCAAGUUCCACUCCAUUCAACAAGGAGGAACUGUCAGCCAUCCUGAAGUUUGGUGCUGAAGAACUUUUCAAAGAGCUGGAGGGAGAGGAACAGGAACCUCAGGAGAUGGACAUUGAUGAAAUCCUGAAGAGAGCAGAGACCAGAGAGAACGACCCUGGACCAUCGACUGUAGGAGAGGAGCUUCUCUCACAGUUUAAGGUAGCAAAUUUCUCCAUGAUGGAGGAAGAGGAGAUUGACAUGGACACCGAGAGGGACAAUAAGAACUGGGAUGACAUUAUCCCCGAGGAGCAGCGGCGGAGACUCGAGGAAGAGGAGCGACAAAAAGAGCUAGCAGAGAUCUAUUUACUGCCCCGCAUGAGGAAGUGUGCUAAACAGAUCAACUUUAAUGGAAACGAGGGCAGACGCAGCCGGAACAGACGAUACUCUGGUUCAGACAGCGAUUCGGUCUCUGACAGAAAGAGGCCGAAGAAACGAGGAAGACCUCGAACUAUUCCAAGAGAGAACAUCAAGGGCUUCACUGAUGCGGAGAUACGCAGGUUUAUUAAAAGUUAUAAAAAGUUUGGUGGCCCUUUAGAAAGGCUUGACGCUAUCGCUCGCGAUGCUGAGCUGGUGGAUAAAUCAGAGCAUGACCUGCGGCGGCUGGCUGAGACUGUACACAACGGUUGUUUGAAAACGCUAAGGGAGAACCCCUGUGGACCCGAGCGAACCUCAGGAGGCAGGCGAGGGAAGGUGAAAGGACCCACCUUCAGGAUCUCAGGGGUUCAGGUCAAUGCUAAGCUGGUGAUCUCUCAUGAGGAGGAGCUGGCCCCAUUACACAAGGCCAUUCCCGCUGACCCUGAGGAGAGGAAGAGGUAUAUAAUUCCAUGCCACUCAAAGGCAGCUCAUUUUGACAUUGAGUGGGGUAAAGAGGACGACUCCAGCCUGCUUAUUGGAAUUUAUGAGUACGGUUAUGGAAGCUGGGAGAUGAUCAAGAUGGAUCCGGACCUCAACCUCACACAUAAGCUCCUUCCGGAUGACCCUGACAAGAAGCCACAGGCCAAGCAGUUGCAGACACGAGCUGACUACCUCAUCAAAUUACUGAGCAAAGACCUCGCCAAGAAGGAAGCACAGAAACAGGCCGGCACAGCAAAUUCACGCAAGAGAAAACCACGGGGCAAGAAGAAUAAAGCUGUAAAACCCAAGAUGGAUGACGUGACGAACAGUCUGUCCUCUGCACCACCAUCAGAUAAGAGCUCUGAAGAAGAGGAUGAGAAGGAGGAAGAGGAAAAGGAAACUCCUCCAGCAAAGCCGGCCAACAGAAGAGCGCGUGUGUCAGAGCGGCCGGUAAAGGAGGAGGAGGAGGAUGAGGACGAGGAUGAAGAGUCUGAUGAGGACGAGCCUGAGGAUAAAGAGCCUGAAGAGAAGGACAUAAUAGAGAAAGUGGUCAAAAAAGAGAUUAAGAAGGAGAAGAAAGAGGAGGGUCGGGACAGCAAAGAGAGGGAAACAAAAGAGAAGGAGAUAAAGUCAGAGCCUGAAGAAGAGACUCCUGCAGAGAAGGCUGUAGAGGUGAAGACAGAAGUGCGGGAGAAGAAAGCUGAUACCCCUGUGCACACGCCCUCAGGAGGAGAUGCAAUUCCCCUGUCUGAGGAGUCUGAAGAACUGGACCAGAAAACCUUCAGUGUGUGUAAGGAGCGCAUGCGGCCAGUGAAGGCAGCACUCAAGCAGCUGGAUCGUCCAGAGAAGGGUCUGUCUGAGCGCGAGCAGCUGGAGCACACGCGCCAAUGCCUGAUCAAAAUAGGAGAUCACAUCACCGAGUGUCUGAGAGAAUACACCAACCCCGAACAGAUCAAACAGUGGAGGAAAAAUCUGUGGAUAUUUGUUUCGAAAUUCACAGAAUUUGAUGCAAGGAAACUGCACAAACUGUAUAAACACGCCAUCAAGAAAAGACAAGAAAAUGCUCAGGCAGUGGAGCAGAACACUAGCACUGUAAAUACACAAAGCUUUAAACAUGCAGAUGUUGAGCGGAUAAAGGAGUCACAGCAGGACGACAGCAGCAGAGACAGCUACAGCUCUGACAGACAUCUCUCAUCUCGCUACCAUGAGCACAGCAAAGAUCGGCACGCUGGCGACUCGUACAGGAAGAGCUCAGAAUCCAGGAAGAGACCCUACUCCUUCAGCAACGGCAAAGACCACCGAGAGCGAGACCAGUACAGAGAGAGAGGAGAGCGACAGGACAGCAGAUACUACAGCGACAGCAAGCACAGGAAGCUGGACGAGCAUCGCUCCAGCAGAGAGCACCGAUCAGAAAGCAACUCCAAGGACAGGACUCACUCCGAACACCGCUUUCACUCUGAGCACCGCUCUGCCUCCGACUACACGCACCACAAAUCGUCCCGGGACUACCGCUACCAUUCGGACUGGCAGAUGGAGCACCGGCCGCGCUCGCCGUACGACUCGCGCUCGCCGCUGGGCCACCGCUCGCCCUUCGAGUACUCGUCUGACCACAGAAGCACACCCGAACAGGUCUGGAGCGGCCGCAAGACAUAGCGCUCUCCUCUCCGCUUCGCUUCGCUCCGCUCCGCUCGCUUCUGAUUAGCCAUAGACACACAACACACAGGAAAUGCCUUAGGCGACUGAUGGCCGCUGCACUGGGGCUCUGGGAGUGCCACCCUUUCGUACUCACCUUGGAGGAAACACAGAUCACAUAUUUUUGUAUUUAAGAGUUAGCUGCAUUCUUUCGUAGGUGCUGCAGAGUAAUUUUUUUUAAUUAUUAUUUUUAUAAAUUGACUACUUUCCUUUUCGUUUGUUUAUUUUGGUUUCUUUUUUUUUACUUGGAAACAGAUGAAUCCAUGUUUCACUGUCACGUGCGACACUGGAUCCGGACAUACAGCCGUAAAUAAUCGCGACGCAGCUUAUUUAAGAAGUGUUGAGUGAAAGGAUGCUACAAACGUGUGUCGUCUUUAUCCGCUAGAGGACCUGAGGGGUUUCUGUUCUGAAGGACUGGGGUUCACCUUCCAAAGUACCUCGUUUACAGUGUUUUGUGACCAUUUUGCCAAUUUUUAUCUGUAAUUUUUCUUUCCAUCAUGCUUGAAUUAUUUAAAUCUGUCUCGGCUGUAAAAUAAUCUGGACUAUUUUUAGCGCGCAUCAGAUAAUGUCACUUUUUCCACAUUGUACUACUGUAAAUUAUUGUAUAAAGUAAAUCAAAUGGGCUUUUC